AUGGUCACGUUGAGAUCAGCAUGGAGCGUGAGGCGGGUAGUAUCCACUGGUGUGGCUCAGAAGAGAACUCUGCAUGCCAAAACAAGCCCGUUUCCCGAAAAACUGGCAUUUGCUUUUGACAUUGAUGGAGUGCUCAAGCAAGGUCACCAUAAUGUCUUACCUCAGGCGAAGAGAGUAUUGAGAUUGUUAUCAGGGGCAGAUGGAAGAUUACCAAAGCCGAUACCUUUCCUACUGAUAACGAAUGGCGGUGGUGUACCUGAUGAAGAGAGGAGGAAAGCUUUGUCAGAGGAAUUAGGCGUCGAGUUGACUGAGAACCAAUUGGUUCAAAGUCAUACACCUAUCAAAGAUUACGUAGACAAGUAUAGGGAAAAUCCAGUAUUGAUUGUCGGUGGGAAAGGUGAAAGUUGCAGAAGAGUUGCCGAGUCGUACGGAUUGAAACACGCUUUCAUACCGCAAGAUAUCGUCGCUUGGAAACCUUCAAUAUGGGAUAGGACGGAAUUGACAGAAGCAGAAAGGAGCUUUGUAAGGACAGAAGACUUUUCCAAUAUUCCAUUCUCAGCUGCUCUGAUUCUUCACGAUACGCACGAUUGGGGGAGGGACAUAACCUUGAUACUGGACCUAUUAUCAUCGGAUAAAGGGAUAUUCGGUACAAGGAGAGAAGGUCAUAAUAGGGCAGAUGUGAAAGGUGAUGUCGAAUUGGUAUUCUCAAAUGCGGAUGUCGAGUGGAGAUCAGACUGGCCCAUACCGAGAUUGGGUCAAGGCGCAUUCAGACUCUCCCUUGAAAGUGUAUACAAGGAAACAACGGGACUCGAUCUACCAUAUAAACAAUUUGGGAAACCAUUCAAAGCAACAUAUGAUUUCUCGGAAUUGAUGUUAAGACGUUACCUAUCUUCGGUAGGGAGAGAUCCAAAAGGCCCUUUGAACGUGUACAUGGUGGGCGAUAAUCCAUUAUCAGAUAUCGACGGAGCCAACAGACAUGGUUGGUCAUCGAUAUUAGUAAGGACAGGUGUUUUCCACGAUACCCAUGGUGAAAAACCGAGUCAUACACCCACGAUCAUUUGUGAUGAUGUCGAAAAGGGAGUUGAGUGGGCCAUCGAACAGGAAUUGAGAAGGGGGUCAUAA